UUGUAUAUAGCUGGUAAGGGCCAAGAAAGGUACAUUAAUCUCACGUAACAGGAACUCGUUGAAAGGAGUUUAUUUUCUCGAGGCCCAUGCUUCGUGAGGUGUAACAAAUACUUAUGUUUUUCUAGUUGCAUAUACAAAUCCUACAUCAUAUAUAGCACGCUUAUAGUAAAUAAAUAGUAUAAAAUGAGAUAGAUUAAUCUGUCGACAAAUACUAUAAAAAUGGCAAAAGGUUAUAAACAUUUAAAACAUCUAAAAUCUGAAAAGGCUAAAGUGAAAUUAAAAGCAAAAAAAAAUAAACUAUUACCAAAAGGAUUAAAUGUAACGGAUACAUCUGUUAAAGUUAAAAAAAUCAUGAUACAUGAUCAAUUUAAACUAUAUAAUGAAACUGAAAUUGUUAGUAAGCGAAAGCUUAAUAUUAAGGAUUUAUUAGCUAGACUUCAACAUCAUAAUUCUACAGUUCGUCAAGAAGCAGUUAAAGAACUCAAAGAUAUUUUAUUACAACAUCCUUUAGAAAUUUUGAGUUCUCAGUUGAAUCUAUUGCUGCAAAGAAUUUCUGCUUUAUUUUUUGAUAAAGAAAAGGAUAUAAGAAGAGAUUCUUUAAAAGUAUUAAAUUGUAUUUUAAAUCUUAUUUCUAAUGAACAACUGACUCCUUUUUGUAAUGUUUUAAUUACAUAUUUAAGGUGUGCAAUGACACAUAUAGAUCCAAAUAUUAAAGAAGAUUCUUUAUUAUUUUUGGAUAUAUUGAUACAACAUUGUAAUAGUAUAAUUGCAAAACACAGUCAUAAAAUAUUACCAAACUUCUUGGAAAUGAUUUCUAGAAUGAACAUUGAAACAAAACCAGAAAGACAAUUAACAAUAACAUUAGAUUCUAAAAAUACUACUGUAAAAUGGAGAAUUAAAGUUUUAGAAUGCCUUGGGAACAUAUUAAGAUCUAUUAUAAAUUACAAAAAAAUUGAAAAAGCACAACAUUACACAUCUGCUGUAAAAGUGAUAUGCAUAAAUAAAGAAACUAAAUAUAUUCCAUUCUAUAGGCAAGUUGAUAUACAAGAUUAUAAAAUAAAUUUUGAGAGUAUUGCUAAUUUAAGAAAUGAUACCAAUGAAAGAAGUUUAGAUGUAGCUGAAUUCAUUGAAUAUAUAAGUGUAUUAAUACCUUUAAUGUUUGAUAGCUGGAUUGAAGUAUGUCCAGCAGAAAGAACUGUAACUAGUAAAAUUUCUGAAACUAUUAUUUCUAGUGAAACAUCUAUUUUGUUAAAACAUAUUGUAAUAAUUAUACAAUUAAUAACUGAAUAUAUUGAUAUAUUAGAUUAUAAUGAUCAUGUAAAUACCAAAAUGUGGUUUACAAAUUCUUUUCAAAAUGUUUACACUAAGAAAUUUUUCUCUAAAUUUCCAUAUGCUAAAACAAAAACUGUUGAGAAAUUUAGAAAAAGACAAGAAGAUUUUUCUAGUCUAGAAAUGACUGAGAAAUGUUUAGAACAAAAUUUGGGCAUUUGUCAAAUUUAUACUUGGUUUACAUCUAUGAAUAUAAAUCAUAUCACUAAUAAAUUGGACAAGACAUACUGUCAAUAUGUUAUGGAUUACAUAUAUGAAAUAAUUGAUGAUUGGUCUGAUAUGAAUAAUUUUGUAUUACCGCAAUUAAAUAAACUUCUCAGAACCUUGUUUUUCAAAGCAAGUCAAGUAUGGUACGUCAAUUGUAUAACGAUGGAACCUAUAUUAAAAGUAAUGAUAAGUGCAAGUUUUCAUCAAUCAAAGAAAGAAUUCCACAUACAAUUACAUGAUAUAAUUAGUGAUAUUAUAUCAGACCAUACAUUAACUGGAUUACAGAGUGAACAUAUAUUUAAGGACUUUGUAUCAACUUUACCAACUCUUCUUCUACAUUCUUUUAUACAUGAAAAUAUAAUACAAAUGAUUAAUCGGGCUGUACUUCAUCACAAGGAAUGGAUAUGGAAUAUACUUGUAGAAAAACAGGAUGCUAUUAUUGACAAUGCAAAAAUAAUUGAGAUUAUAGGAUCGGAGGAUGAGGAACGUUCUCGUUUAAUGAUAUGUAAUUUAUUUUAUUUUGUAAAUGAACAAGUGUUCUAUUAAUAAAAAAAUUAAAUUUUAUUAAUUAUAAA